AUUUAUUUUUUUAUUUUAAAAUAAUAAUAUAAAAAAAUCUUGUAUAAAUAUUUCAUUAUUUAUAAAUAAAUAUAUUAAUUAAAUAAGAAUAGUAAUAGUAAUUAGUUUAAAUAAUAAGAAUUAAAAUCAUAAUAAUAAAAAUAAUAAUUUAAUACUAUAAAAUAAUAAAGUAUUAAUUUAUAAAUAAUAAAAAAUAAAAAUAAAAAAAAGAAAAAUAAUAAAUUAAUAUUAUUUGUUUAUUAUUAAUAAAUAAUAUUUUCAAUAUAUAUAAAAUAUAGUUAACAAAAAUAACAAUAUAAUACAAAUAAUUAAUAAAACAAUAAUUUAAAAAUGUCGUUUCAUACACCAUUUUUGACAUCAAUAUUAUUAACUGGAGCGGGAUCAAAUUCAAGUGCAUCAGCAACAAACAAUGAAGAUUUUGUUGGUUUCGAAAUUAAAAGUUCUAAAGGAAAAGAAUGUGGAAAAGCAGAUUCUUUAGGUUUUAGUUUUAGCUACAACUCUUCAACCUUUAAUAAUAUUUUUAAUAGUAGUGGAUCAUCUGCCGAUAAUGACUGUGAUGAAGAUGACAAAGAAGACCAAAAUAUAAUAUCCAUAGGUUUUGAUAUAGUGUGGGAUAUUUUAUCUCCAACCGAGCCAUUUAUAGAUUUAAAUACUUGCAAAAAUUUUUUUAGCUCAAUUCUAAAUAAUUUUUUAAAUAACUACAUAUAACGCCACCUAUAUAAUCUCUAAAAACAAAUAAUGUAUAUAACCCUCUAAAAU